CACCGCCACCAACUGCACUUGUCGAUAAGCAAAAAGCAUCAGAAAAAUGUUUAUUUCUGUAUUACUAGUUUGCUGUGGCUGAAGUUACAGAACCAGCCGUUAACAAUCGGCAGCAGUCGGAAAUCUGCUCAAGUAGAAAGACCCUCCCGCUUGAACUGAAGCUUGGAGACGUCCGUUCCUGCACGUUUGAAGUCAUGUUCCCACGACCGAGGCAUAUAUUCUCUACUGAGUACUUUUUGACUUGAACUUGAUUUUAACUAAACUUGGACUUUGACAUUUACGCAUUGGACGUUGACACUGACUGAUUUUGUUUGUUGGACUUUGACAAAGUUACAGCGAUGAGAGCGGAUGACCGACCAAACAUCAGACGGAAUCGCUAUAUUAGUGAGCAUGCGCAGCUACCAUCCUUGUGUGCCGAGCCGCUAACAUGCAGGAGUACCUCCAGAAGGAGAACGUGGUGUCCGGUGCCGACACCCUGGACCUGGACCUGAUCGUGCCGUGGGCGCCGCAGAAGCGCGUCCUGGGUCACCCGGCCGCGGGGGUCUUCGUCAGCCACUGCGGCUGGAACAGCAGCCUGGAGGCGGCGUCCUACGGGGUCCCGGUGGUCGGUUGGCCGAUGUUCGGCGACCAGCACGUCAACGCGAUCAUGCUGGAGCAGUUGGGCGCCGGGAAGACGAUCAAGGGCACCGGGGUCAUCGGGCGGGUGGUCCCGGCGGAAGAGAUCGUCGAGGCCAUCCAGACGGUGGCCGGGUGGAGGGAAGCGGGCGACGGGAAGAGCCCGUACCGCGAGACGAUGCGGAAACUGGGAGAGAAGGCGCGCGCCACCAUCGGACCGGAUGGCCAGUCCACCCAGACCUCCAGAGCGUCCUUGACCAAAUUUAAUCAAGCAAAAAUUUUAUCCUUAAUUAAUUCCCAUUUUCCGCAAUACAACUAUUUUUUAUUAUUACUUUAUAUGCGAACGUUGGCUGCAUUACGUAAAAAUCAGUGA